AUGAUUGAGAGUGACAGAGAGCUGUCGGCCAUGGUGCAGGAACUAUGGGACAACGAUGUCAACAGACUCAAACCUGGAAAAGACUACAGGAUCUCUCUACAGGGUAAAGCUGGAGACAGCAUGCUCAAUGACGACAACGAUGGAGCAGGAUAUCCUCUGUUUACAUUUGUCGAUGAGAACAUCUUCAAAAAGGAGACUUUUUUAGCCUUUAUCUCCCUCUUAGAUAACUAUGUGAGUGACACUGGCGAGCCAGAAAUCGUAACCCCUGAGGAGGUGGCAGAGAACCACAAGUUCCUGGACUCCAUCGUUAAGUCUCCCACUAUGAAGUUAGCUCAUAAAUACCUGGCAGAGAAGAACCUCUCUCCUAAGGAUGAGACACAAUUCAAGGAGCAGCUGUACAGGAUCUGGUUUGAACUUUAUGCAAGGAGAGGAUCCAGCAGGCCAGACUCUUCAGGGUUUGAACACGUCUUUGUUGGAGAGACGAGAGGAGGGCGGACCGUCAUCGGCUUUCACAACUGGAUCCAGCUCUACUUACAAGAGAAGCUGGGACACAUCGAUUACAAAGGCUACAGCGUCACUGCAAAUUCACCCCAGCCUGACGAGAACAAACACAUCCUGGCAUUACAGUUCAGCUGGAAGAACGGUAUAAAGCCCAAGGGCAGCAUCUUCAUCGGCGUCAGUCCUGAGUUUGAGUUCGCCCUCUACACUCUCUGUUUCCUCACCUCACCCAACGAGCGUGUCAAAGUCCAUUUCAGUUUCUACGAGGUGGAAAUUGUUUGCCACCACUACAACCAAAAGCACAUAGGAACCACUUACCCUGUGCUCAUUAAUUACCAUAAACAUAAGUAA